UGCCCGGUGGGGCUCAUGCUGAGCAGUUCUGGGGGGGCUGUGAUACAGGCUGGCGUGAUUUGUCUUCCUCUGUGCUGGCUUCCGGUCCAGGUAGGAGUGUGGAUUGAUGCUGGCAGCCGUUUCGAGACUGAGAAGAACAAUGGCGUGGGCUACCUGCUCGAGCACCUGGCUUUCAAGGGAACGAAGAACCGGCCUGGCAGUGCCCUGGAGAAGGAGGUGGAGAGCAUGGGGGCCCACCUUAACGCCUACAGCACCCGGGAGCACACCGCCUACUACGUCAAGGCGCUGUCCAAGGACCUGCCGAAGGUUGUGGAGCUCCUGGCUGACAUCGUGCAGAACUGCAGCCUGGAGGACUCGCAGAUUGAAAAGGAGCGCGACGUGAUCCUGCAGGAGAUGCAGGAAAAUGACGCCUCCAUGCGGGACGUGGUCUUCAACUACCUGCACGCCACGGCGUUCCAGGGCACCCCGCUCGCCCAAGCCGUGGAGGGGCCCAGCCAGAACGUGAGGAAGCUGUCCCGCGCGGACUUGAUGGAGUACCUCAGCAGGCAUUACAAAGCCCCGCGCAUGGUGCUGGCGGCAGCCGGGGGGGUAGAGCACCAGCAGCUGCUGGACCUUGCCCAGAAGCACUUCAGCAGCGUCUCCGCGACCUACCCCGAGGAUGCCGUGCCUGCCCGAUCUCCCUGCCGCUUCACUGGGAGCGAGAUCCGCCACCGUGACGAUGCCCUGCCUUUGGCCCACGUGGCCAUUGCAGUAGAAGGACCCGGCUGGGCCAAUCCCGACAACGUCGCGCUGCAGGUGGCCAAUGCCAUCAUUGGCCACUACGACUGCACUUACGGCGGGGGUGUGCACCUGUCCAGCCCGCUAGCUUCAGUGGCUGCGGCCAAGAAGGUGUGCCAGAGUUUUCAGACCUUCAACAUCUGCUACACAGAGACGGGGCUGCUGGGGGCACACUUCGUCUGCGACCGCAUGAGCAUCGACGACAUGAUGUUCUUCCUGCAAGGCCAGUGGAUGCGCCUGUGCACCAGCGCCACGGAGAGCGAGGUGACUCGGGGCAGAAACAUCCUGCGGAAUGCCCUGGUGUCUCAUCUGGACGGCACCACUCCUGUGUGUGAGGACAUCGGACGCAGCCUCCUGACCUACGGCCGCCGCAUCCCCCUGGCAGAGUGGGAGAGCCGGAUUGCGGAGGUGGAUGCCCACAUGGUGCGUGAGGUCUGCUCCAAGUACUUCUACGACCAGUGUCCGGCAGUGGCGGGAUUUGGCCGGGCGCCGCACCCUCACGCCCCACCCUUCUGCCCCAGGCCCCAUCGAGCAGCUCCCGGACUACAACCGGAUCCGCAGUGGCAUGUUCUGGCUUCGCUUCUAGGCAGCAAAAGCCUGUGCAGGCAGAAGGGUGGGGCUGGGGCGCCUGGUCCCCCGCACCAACAUGCGCUCCAGCUCCUCCGACUGCAGCAGGGCAGCACCAAUAAAGUGUCCUGCUGAGAA